AUGAUAGACUGCGAUAUCGAAGUGAACCUCUGCAGACAGUACGAUGUGAAUGAAUACCCAGCAAUACGUUUAUUUCAGAGAGGCAAAGCCGAAGAUCGUUUCACUGGCGAGGAGGCAACAUUGAUAAGAUAUCGCGGUCGGAGAACGGAGCAUGCAAUCAGAUCGUUUCUGAUCAAGCAUGAGUACGCUAUUUUAUCGGCUAUAGGGAAUGGCGAACAGUUGAGCAAUUUCAAGAAGGUUGAUGAUGUUGCGAUAGUCGCAUAUCUGUCAAGAGAGUGGAGCGAACUAACCCGAGUGUUUUACUCUAUCGCGGAGAAAUACUACGCGAAAUUCGUCUUCGGAUAUACUCAAGGCGAAGACAUUGCGGGCCAAGAGGGCAUUACAAUACCGUCUAUUGUAUGCUAUAAGAAUACUGAUGGCGACCACAAAAUCCUCAAAGGACACUUCACAGAAGAAGACGUGGAGGUUUUCUUAGCAACGGCCCCGAAAAUGGUGAUACGCGACUUCAGCGAGCGGAACAUAGAAGCCUACAUGGCGCCGGGCAAACUUUCCGCGUAUAUCUUCGCCGCCACAGUGGGCGAAGCUACGUCUGUGCGUCAUGAGCUCACGCCUCUCGCAAGAAAAUACGAGCAGUAUGUGACAUUCGGUGUCGCGGAUGCAAUCGAAUACGCACCUAUGGCGACAAACUUCGGACUUGCAAACGGCAUGUUUCCAGCAUUAGCUGUUCAUGCGCCAAUGAAUGACAAUGUCUUUACUUAUCUACAAGGCAGAAAAAUUGUUGCUGAAGUGGUUGAAAAUAUGCUGCUUACAGUCCUGCAAGGGGAAGCGACUUCAGGACAGGUUUUCGGAAGUGAUGCACCAAAGUUCGUCGACGCGGAGGCGGAGGCGGAGGCGGAGCGUAGGGCACGGCCGCGAGACGAGCUGUGA